AGCACCCCGACAAGUGACACCAUGAAAUUGUUUAUUAAUGUAAACGCGAUAUUUUAAAGAUUAACCGGAUUAACGUUAUAUACACGUUAUUGAAAUACUGAAAGUCUAACCAUGGCGGAUGUUUUGGACAUCGAUAACGCUGAGGAGUUCGAGGUUGAUGACGAAGGAGAUCAGGGUAUCGCGCGUCUUAAGGAAAAAGCGAAGAAAAGGAAAGGUAGAGGCCAUGGCGCGGAAUUGGUGUCUACGAGAGACGAUGUUGGUCAUUACGAAUCUAUGAAUCUUAUUGAAGAAGACAACAAUGAGCCUGGUCCUCAGAGAUCUGUGGAAGGAUGGAUCUUAUUUAUAAAUUCAGUACAUGAAGAGGCACAGGAGGAUGAUAUUCAGGACAAGUUCUCCGAGUUUGGCCAAAUCAAGAACUUGCAUUUGAAUCUGGACAGAAGAACGGGAUUUCUGAAAGGCUAUGCGUUGGUGGAAUAUGAAACUUUUAAGGAAGCACAAGCUGCGAAGGAGGCUCUAAAUGGUAAAGACAUCCUAGGUCAAGCUAUCUCUGUCGAUUGGUGCUUCGUUAAAGGACCAAAAAAAAUCAGGAAAAGAAGUCACAGAAGGCGAUGAGUUAUAGAUUAAUCGUAUCUUCUAUUGUGUACCGUUAUUUCAAGCAAGACAAGUUAUUUUAUAUCUGAUAAGCAUUUUUAAAGAUGCUCGAAAUAACUGUAAAUUAUUUUCUUUACUAAGAUUUUUGCUCUUUUGUCCUAUAUAUCUAUAUAUCAUAAUCUAUCCAGAUGUAAAGAACUUUGUAUACUAUCAUUAGUAAAUAGAAGAUCAUAAAUAUAUCAUCCAGAUAUAGUCUCUUGUAUAAGCGAGAACAUUAAUAUUUUAUGUGAAUAUCUCAGUUUGUUUUCUUUCAUAUAUCUCUUAUCAUCUAGCAAUAAUUUUUGGUUUCACAAUUAUUACCAUGCUUUGUACCAGUUCGCGUAAAUGUUAUUAAAAUCUUAUUUUUGUAGUGUGAUACAACUUAUAUAUACAGGCCAUUUUAAUCAAUACACUCGAAUAUCUCGUCAGGUAAGCAAGAUAGCGAAAAAUAUUUCAGAUCAAAGUUGUAUGGCUUUGAGAAGGACAUAAAAUGGUGGCAUUAAUUUCACCUUGAAUAGUUGCUUGAAGGUCACAUGAAGAUUACCU